AUGGCCAUUACGGCGCUUCCGAUAGAUGUUUGGUUAAAGGAACGCUUGAAAAAAUGGGUGCAGCUGUCUGGACAUGAAGGCAGUAUAGUCCCUGCAACUACCUGCACAUUGUACAAGAAACAAACUGGUAACUGUAUGGAGGCGAGGGCGUACGAGAAUAUCACCAGGGACCCGGUCCUGAACGGAUUCACUCCACGUUACUUCAAGCAAUUGCAGAAGAAUGAUGAAUGCUUCAUCGAAAUUGAAGAUUUGCUACAACAAUUUGCUGAUCCGUCAAAAACAAGUAUCAUGGACAUCAAAAUCGGUACGAGGACAUUUUUGGAGUCUGAGGUGUCAAACACGAAACGGAGGAAAGAUUUGUAUGAAAAGAUGACUGCCAUUGAUCCCAACGAGCCAACGCCGGAGGAACGAGCGUGCGGUGAAAUCACGAAACUGCGUUAUAUGCAGUUUCGGGAACGGGAAAGCAGUUCCGCUGAGUUGGGGUUCCGAAUAGAAGCAGCCAAAAUGCCAGGCGGUUCUCUUCAGAAGAACUUCAAAAAAGUGCGGACUUACGAGGAUGUGACUCAGACCUUGAUAGGUUUCUUCGGAACCGAUCGUGAGAGGAUAAGAAGCAGACUGCUGGCACGAUUGAAGGCAAUGAGAUCGGCUAUUGAAAGGAGUCAAUUCUUUGCCACCCAUGAGGUCGUGGGUAGUUCUCUGCUGAUCAUUCACGACAACGAAAAAGUGAAUUGCUGGAUGAUCGAUUUUGCUAAAUCGUCACCAGUAGAGUCGACGAGGCGUCUUGAUCACCGAUCUCCAUGGGUUCAGGGCAAUUCUGAGGAUGGAUAUCUGUUGGGUGUCGACAACCUCAUCAAGAUACUCGAAGAGAUGCCGCCCGUUGAAGUGACUAUCGUGGAGGAGUUGAGCUGA